UACUCCCUUUUCACUUAAAAAUAUUUGAAGAAAGAGGAUAGAAAUUUUAGAUAAGAACGCAGAUACACUUCUCAAAUUUCCGUCGGCUCCCUUCUCUCUCCCUCACCCUUCUUCCCCCAAAUUAAACUCAAUCUCUCCUCCCUCAAUAUCUGAGUCGGUUCUAGAUUUCCGAAUCGACGACCCUUCGAAGUGUCACCCCGGGUGUCGUUGCUCGAGACUGCCGUUGCUGAAGUUGGCGCUGUACAAGAAUCGACGCCGAUGCUGUCGUCCCUGAGAUCCGGCGAAGUACCGCGCUACCGGUGUAGCCACCACGGCUGUCGCUGCUCCGGCAGCCCUGAUUUUCUCCCCGAAGUUGAGUUCUUAAUUUGAAUUCGUGUUUUACAGAGUUUGCUUCGGUUUAUUAGAUUAUGAGAUUAUUUACAGAUUGAUAGCCAAAAGAGUAUGAUGCGUGGAUGCGAUAGUAUGAAACCAGAAUUGGAGUUGGGGUGAGAGUGUAUACCGUGGGCGUGGCAGAUUGUGAAAGAAAAACAAUAACUUCCUCUCUUUAGAUCUCGGUUUCUGACAGCGAAAUUUAAUAAGUUGAAUUCCAAAACCGGUAGAACAGAGGGGGAUAAUAGUUGUAGGAAAUUACCUUAAACUUGAUUUGAUUUAGAUAGGAAGAACCUAUUCUUGCAAGAAGCUUGAGUUUGAUUGUGAACAUUGAACGUGGGGCUUGAUUGAGUGGGAAAUUGAGAAUGAUCGGCUAUCACGAACUCCCAGAAUUUACCCCAUAAUUGUUUAAGUGCGCAGAGAAAUAUGUGUAUAUUAGUUCAUAGAAAUCAUAGGAUUUAUCCCCAUAACCUAUGCAUGAAAUUGACCUUAUCAAACUGUUCACACUUAAACCAUACUUGCCCUAGGGCAAGUAUGAAAGACAAAAUAAAGACAUAAAGCAAAUUUCGUGCAUGGUUAUUAUUAAACUGACUUAAAGAAAAGAACAAACACAAACUCCUAGACCUAUACACAAAAAUACAUAAGAGAAAAUAAUAAAAAAUACAGAGAAGCAAAGAUUAGCAUAGAUGUAUAAACUGGUUCAAGUUUUAGCAAUCGUCCCCACAAGCUUAAGGUCAAUCCAAUUGUCUACAGUCUCAGAUUCAUCCCCCUCCCUUUGUCUAUCUAGUCAGUUUGUCAGUUCGUCAAGAUAGCAUUUAUUUUCUCUAAUUGUUGGAUUCACUCGGUCACUCAUUCCUCACCAGAAACGUUAGGACCAUUACUCAUUUAUGCUUUUGCCAUACCACUGAUGCCUUGGGUUCUACUGACACAUGAAAAGUUCUUUAAGGUCUUUUAUACGGUUGUAACGGGGCUAGGGGAUUAUAAUAUGUGUAGGUGAGAAUCCUAGGGGUCUAAGUUCAAAAAGUAUAAGUGCAAAUACGCGAAGGACAUGUGAAUUUAGGGACAAAAGAUGGAAACAACCUCCCUAUUUACAAAUUUGACUUCCCAAAAUUUGGAGCGAUUCCCUAGCCAUUUUGGCAUUAUUGCCUAACUUCUUUCUACUUAGUCAGGUAACAUUUUUUUUUCCUGCCCACCUUUUCUUUCUCUCUUUUUUUUUUUAAUUUUAUUCUGGGUCAGACUAUACAUUUUCUUCCUGCCCAUUUCCUAAACAUAUAUAUAUCUUUUACCGGGUCAUGUUACAAUUUUUUUAUGCCCGUUUUCUAACUAACAUUCUACUGGGUCAGGUUACAGAAUCUCCUGCCCGUUAUUAUCUAACUUUCUACUUUACUUUCUCAUGUUUCUCAACCUGACUUCCUACCCUGAUUGGUGAGUUGCAUCCACUCCGCUCCCUUGUUCACAUGAAAUGAAGGUUGAGGUGCCAAAAGAAGGAACAAUUUUUAUAGGCUCAACUUGGUUAGCUAAGGGAUGCCCUUACAAUGAGGCGAGUCCAGUAGAUUCGAAAGAAUUAAGCUCAACUGGGAUCUCCUAUUGCCUUUAGUCCUCACUCACCCAUGUCAUUUUCUUUUAAGCAUCAAGUGACAGCCUCCCUUCCCUAUUCUAUUAGUAGAAAGUGUUCUACUCUAGGAUUUUAACUCACUUUUAGAAGGCUUCAGAACUAGAUCAAAACAAGGCAUUUUCUAUCGUUCUCACUUCGUCCAAACUGAUUUUGAUUUAUUAAGGAAAGAGGUCUUAAAAUUGACAUGGAUCCUCUCUUCAAUCACUCUCACUAAGGGAAUCUUACUUUUUUUCGCUAGUUUAUACUUAAACACAGAAUCCUAAAAAAAACUAACACUCUACUGACUCAAAACUAACAACAUAUAUACAUGCUUGACUGACUGCACUAACUCCCCCCCUCCCACUUCAAUCCUGCUUGUCCCUAAGCAUUUCAGUGAAGUGGAAAACUGGGCAGUUAGUGCUCACAUAAUAACAGAACCUGCAGACAGAAAUGAAAUACAAACUUCUCACACUUAGAUCUAGAAUUGGGCUAAGUGGGAGAAAUAACAGAACAACAACCAACAAACAUAUGUACAAAACAAACUUCUCACACUUAGGCCAAACAAUGGACUAAGUGGGAGAAGAAACAAUCAGAAAAAUAACAAAACACGAUUACGGGAACAAAAACAUGUUAUAUCAGCAAAAACUUCUCACACUAAGACCAAGAAUUGAGCUAAGUGGGAGAAGACACAUAACACAAAUAUGUACAGACACCUAAAACAUGCAAGAAAACAGAUAAACAUGCUAAAAGAAAAACUGAAAAAAAAUCACUAAAAUGUAAAAUUACUUGUUACUGGGGGUUUCAAUUCUGUGUCUUGCCCCCAUGGGAGCCAAACUUCUGGGGUGCUUUCUUCUGGUGGUCCGCCUUUGCUUUCUUAGGAACUGAUGGGGCUGGUUUCUCUUUCUCCUUCACUGCUUGCUUUGGUACAUUCUUCUUAACAUACAUGGUGAUGGGAUUGGUGACUACUUCCUUUCUCUUCUCGGUCGGGGUACUUGUUGGAGUACUGGCGGCUUUCUUGACAGGGGAGGUCCCUGGGCCUAAUUGUUUAGGCUCACCGCUGGGUCUAGGGGCAUCAUCUGCUGGACCUGGGGAAAUCGUUUCUCCAUUGAGGCGAUCAUCCUCAUCAUCACAUUAAUGGCCUUGGCCAUUUGUUCAUUCUGCACUUCCAUGUUCCCCGUGAGCCCUGCGAUAUUUUUGUUCAUCGCUCCCAUCUCACUUCGGACCUCUCCCAUCUCGCACCUCCAUUCCUCACGUUCAGCAUUAGAUGGACCUUCAGAAUCCUCCAACUCCCUCUUCACGGUCAUCACAUCAGGCUUGCCCACUUCAUAGACCACAAUCUUGUCGUCCUUCAUGUGUAGGAGUCCCUUGUUGAAAAAGAACGCCACGUUGAAUAGCUCUGGGACGUCACACACCUGAAGGCUGGGCACUGACUUCGCCACCUUCAUGCUCACGUUCCUUUUCAGAUAAGCACCAAGGAGGUGGCAAUUGUAGAGAUGGCGGACCGUGUGACUAGUCAUCGAGUUGCAAGCAUAGGCCAGCCAAUACCCAAGAUGGACCUUCACACCUCUCGCCAUACACUAGGUAAAGUAAAGAUCUGGGGUUGUGAGUGCGAUGCCUAUUUGACCAAGCUGAUUGUACCCAAGAAAAACCUACGCAAAACGAAGGAUCGGGUUGGCAAUGUGGUAUCCCUUAGACGAACUCGUCUUGAAUUUCCCUCCACGAUUUCGGGUUAUAAGUUCCCUGGCUGUCUGCAUGUCAAAACCUUCAGUCUUCUUCGGGGGCCCUAUCUCCCUCUCAUUCCACAUUCCCUCGUCAUCUUCCUCCGGGGUGAACAAUCCCAUCCGCAGGGACCACUCUCGGAUGCUCAUUGUCAUGUCUUCACCGAAGAGGCAGAAACUGAUAGAGUCGGCGUGGGGUCCAUGGUGAACUUGAACUUGUAUGAUGUGAAGAAUUCCUUUGCCAAAGCAAUUGGCACCUCUGCCGUGCAGUGAUCCAGCAGCCACUCAAAUCCUAUGGCUCGGAUAUGCAUCAGGAACUCUUCCUCCGACUCUAUCUCUUGGAGGGACGGUGGAUCGUACAUCUUUUCGAACUUCGCGAGCUUCCCCUUUGAAGCGCGUCCUUCACAAGUUAGAGCCAGUUUGGGGUCCUUGAAUUGGGCCAUGGCUUCUAGUAGCCGUCCUCCAUUGGCUCGUACACCUGCUCCGCCUCCUGGUUUGUCUCCGCUUCCUCUUGUUACUCAAUCUCUUCAUCCUCCUCUUUCUGCUGGGCAAAUGGGACACGAAAAGGUUCCAGUGAGGCUUCUUUAAUCUCCAGGGUUGACGAGGCUUGUCUCGGCUUCUUCUUGAGGGGUUUCGGCUCCUGCUUCCCAUUGUGUUUCCGUUCCAUUGCAUAGUGCUUUUCCUUGGCCCCAGGAGAAAACUCCUCUGUUUCAACUGGGUUGUCUUGGGCCUGGGGAAUGUCCUCCCCUGCUUCCUCUAGCAUCUCCUGGGCCUCGGGGAUAUCAUCCCCUACCUCCUCGUCGCUCUCCAAAUCUGCCAACUUCAAACGCCUACCCUUCAGUAAGUUCUGGUCUAUUGGACAGUUCGGGUCCGUCUACAUCCAUGUCAUCGACCUUCUCGGUCCCAUCAUCUUCAUCAUCGUCUCCCUCGACGAUAUUCUCUUCCCUUUCAUCAGCCUUCAAUACCUCCGGGAAUUCUCCCUCAACAUACCCUCCCUUUUCUGCAUUUUCAGUAGUAUCACCCGUAGUGAUUUUUCUCUCUACACUCUCAUCAUUAGGGAUUUCUCCCUCUACAUCCCCACUUUUUUCACCAAUUUCAUUCUUACCAACACCCUCACCAGUCCUAUCACCGCUACCCUCAUUCUCAACAACCCUUUCUCGGCAGAUUCUCCAUCUCCCUCACUCUCAUUCCCUGCACCCUCUACUCCCUCAUCCCUCUCCGUCUCCACAUCACUCUUUUCGUCUUCACACGCAUCCCCCUCGUUCCAUACUCCUUCGUCCCAUGUACUAAUGGGUGGAACCGUAUGCGUGACAAAUUGGGGUUCGAGUUGGGCGGAUGGUAUUAUCGGUGUAACUUCGGAGAUUAGGGUUCCGGACGGAGUUUUGGGGGUCUCUUUCUGGGUUGAGAUGGCUUUGCAUGUAACAGUUUUUGUUAGGGUCGCAGGUCGUGGGGGAAUAUUUAUCGGGGCUAGGCUUGAAGCGGCCUCCUCCUUCUUGAGUUCCUCUACGAGUCGAGCGAAUAUAUCGCUAGCCUUCGCCCUGGUACCGAACUUCAUCAUAAAUUCCUUCAUUAUUUGCUCUAGAUCGGACUCAUCAACUGAUGGCGGAACUGUGGUUGAAGGUAUAGCGGCGGAGAUUGUCGUUUCCGUCCCCCUUGUUCCUGGUUGCUCUGUUGUGGCUUUAGACGACGAAGUUGCCACCGCCUCUGUCUGAGGAGCGGACGGUGGCUUCUUCGCAGGUAUAUUCUGGGGCGGUUUUGAAGACGACUCGCCGGCGGUAGAUUUUACCGUUGGGAAUUUUUCCGUCGGGCUUUAUGUGGUUGUGGUUGUGGUUGUGGUUGGUUUUCCAUGGUUGUCGGAUCAGAAAUCGGUGGUGGUUGAUGGCGGUUUCGCCGGAACUGUCACAAAGAGAAUUUUAAAGUGUAAAUUAAUUCGUCAAAAUGUCACUUAAUCCUCUAUCUGCAAUUCUCAAAGAAAAUAGACUCGAGUGCCAAAAUUACAUAGAAUGGAAACAAAAUCUGGACAUCGUUCACACGGGAGAAGAGUACAUGUUUGUGCUCACUACUCCGCAAUAUGUCGUGCCAGGGGCUAACUCCUCACAGGCACUACGAGAUGCACAUAGGCGGUGGCAUAAGGAGAAUGAGAUGCCUAAGUGUUAUAUGUUGGUCUCCAUGUCAACAGUGCUUAGACAUCAGCAUGCAGCCAUGGCGACUGCCGUCGCUAUUAUGCAGAAUCUCACCAAUCUUUUUGGUACUCAGAAUCGAGCGGCAAAGUCUCAAGCCUUUCGAAGUAUCAUGACGAAGACAAUGAUGGAAUGCACAUCUGUGUGGGACCAUUUCCUCGAGAUUAUGAGCCACCUCAAUCAAAUUGAGGUUUUGGGAGGGACAAUCGAUCCCGAGUCCCAAGUAACUAUCAUCCUUCAAAGUCUACCCCUAGUUUUCAGGAGAUCAAGCUCAACUUUGAGAUGAACAAAAGGAACUACUCGUUGGAUGAAUUGUUAACUGAAAUUCAGUUGGCAGAGGAUCUUAUGAUCCAAGCUAAGGCAGCGAUGGUUAGUUCGACACAUCAUUCCUCUGGCCCUAGGCCUGGCUCAGGAAAGAAGAAAGUGAUGAACCAGGUUACUGCUAAGGCUGCUAAGGGAAAGAAGAGGAAGGCAAACAAGAAGCAAACAGGAAAAUGCUUCAAGUGUGGAAAAAAGGGGCAUUGAAAGUCAGACUGUCCUAAAAAAGGGCAAGGUUACAGGUGACAAAGCGGCUAUAUGAUGGCGAGAUCGAAGUCCAGUUGGGUGAUGCUACUAAAGUGGCAGCCGUUGCAAUGGGAGACAUUUAUUUACGUUUUAGUAGUGAUAGAUUUUUUAUCUUGAAGAAUAUUUUUGUAGCACCCCGAAAAUUUCGACUUUUGUUUUCUUUAA